ACGUUUCGUUUUUACAGUUUUACUUUAUUUAUAAUCUCACAAUAUAGAGGAACUUCAUGUUUUCAUUCAAUUAUUCAGAGAUUUCAAAUUCGUCGUAUCGAUUUUUAAAUGCCGUAUCAUUGAAUAUAGAAAUCUAUUUUUAGAAGUAAUUUAAUCAGCUAGUCAAAGAAAUACGCAAAAUUCGUAAGUUAGACUUUGGUUCGUUAACACUUGCAUGUGUGUCAUUAUCGUAAUAACAACCAUUUUUUUUAGAGACUAUAACAACACAAAUUUAUCAAAUUUCAUCUUUCAUUGACGUAAUUCAAAUUUGACUAUCUAAAUCCUAACUUUGCUCAUAGCUUAGAAACUAAUUUGGUCGACCUCGUUUCUUUUUUUUUUUCUUAUUCGACGGUCCUUAUUGAACUAUGUUAAGAUGCUCCUUAUAAUCAAGUUAUCAGGAUAAACGAAGUACUGUAGUGCAUAACAAUUGAUUCCGACACGAUUCGUAUUAUAAAGAAGGAUAAAAAUAGUCAUUUGUAAAGAUGUACCACUUAAAAAAUAAAACACGACUCGAAAACUACUUCUCUGUAAUUCCUAAUUUCUUAUCCGUACCUCGUUUUUAUCUUCGUAGGGUUUCGAAUUUCGGGUUCUUCCAUCCACAUAGUUUACACACAUAGUAUACGUAUGUGUACAUAAUAUGGCAUAUUAUGUACACAAAACCACACAGAGUGUACCUAGAGUUCCAUAAUACGAAAUAGCAACGUUCAGAUAUUCAGGUUUGCAGAAAAAGCAGUUGCAUAAAUUCGAUAACGACCGCUGCUUACAAUUAGAACAAAUUGCCACGAAUGCAGAAAUAUAUAAUUUUUCACUGUUCGGUUCUCCGAUCUUUCUACGAAUAUAUUGAGAACUCUUUUUCCACAAUAUGUUUGAAAAAAAUCACGAUGCAUUUUCUGAAAACUGUAAUUUGUAAAGGGUGGUAAACAAUUUUAAAAAAAAGUAAAAUGAUCUGCGAUCUUAUGGCCGGUACCGUAUAUCCAUAUAAGUGCCUAUAAACUACUCAUGCAUUUUAUAAUGUUUACAGGUGUAUUUGGGCGUUAGGAGAUUCCGCAACUUAGAUUGUAAAACUAUAUGAUAUAGAUUAGAUAAAGAGCGUUGCUAUUUGCAUAACUUAAUAGUUCACACAUUACACAAACUGCACCAUAAUGUACGUCGUAUUAUUAUUAUACAAACAACCUGCACUUAUGUCAUAUAUUAGUUGACAUGCCAAUAAUCUGUUCGAAAAAUAACCCUCGACUAAACCUCCGCGAAGAACAAAAAAAAAAAAGAAAAAAGGAGACUCAUAAUUUUUCCAUUUGGAUGAACAAACGUAUUUUAAUCAUGCACUGGCUGUUAAUAUAUCCCAUAUAAUAGAUACGUUCAAAAGCUGAAUCCCACUUAUAAAUAAUUGGGUAAAAUUAUGUUCCAUUUAAUAUUCCAAUAUUUGAAUAUCGUUAAAAGUAAAUGUUAAAACGACUGUUACCGUCUUAUAAUAUCGAAGGUAAAUUGCAAGCAUGCUAAUACGUUAUGGCGUAGUCUCGGGUGUGUAGUAUGUAGAAGCGAAGAAUGAAAAAAGAAAUCUGUGUAUUUGAACUCAAUAAAUAUUCCGGGUAUACAGGAAACUGAUUUACGUGUUUUAAUACUGCUAACGAAACAUUUCAACAGAUUGCUUGUAUACACGAAAGUGCGAAAAUUAGAGUUAAUCAAGCGAUCCUCCAUAGCGUGCAGAUCCAACGCGAAGAGCGAUUUGAGAAAAUGAAUUUUACUUCGGAUCAGAAAUUUGCGCUGAUUUUAGUUCUCCUGUUUUCUGUGACGGGAUCGUCUUGGGGAAAACAUCCGUGUGCUCCACGUUUCGAUUCCGCUAUUAGUAAGGGUCAUGCCGAUUGGUUGACGGAUCAUUGCGAGGCGAAACUUUCGACGUUUCAUUUAAUAUGUUCCGGUGGUUUUCACGACAAAUGGGACACCGGAUCGGAGGGCGUUAGAAUUCUAACGUUAUGCAGAUGGCCGGAUAAAACUAUCGAUCCUGAGGAGAUAUUACAGAAAUUUCCGUCGUUGCAGAGCCUAAUUAUUCUCGACAGCGAUUUAACACAUUUGAAAAACCCGUUUCCUAGUAAUGCAACGGAGUUGCAAAGUGUAAAAUUCAACGGAACAAAAUUAGAGGUACUUCCAAACGACGCAUUUUCUCAGUUACCAUCCCUUCGAAUUUUGGAUUUGAGACACAAUUCUCUGUCGUUGAUGAAUGAACACGCGUUAAUGGCACCGUCGAUUCAGGAGGUCUAUUUGAUGGGUAACGAGUGGAAAUGCGUAUCGGAAAUGUCUUGGAUUUUGAACAUGGAAAAUGAUUCGGUAGCAAGUCGAGUCGUCGAUAGGGAUAAACUGAUGUGUUCGGUCCCUUAUUACGACCGUCCUCUCGUUCCAGUGGUAGAAAUAAUAACGGAAUUGGAAGAAGAAUGUCUGAAAACGGAUUGUCAGUGCGUGUUGUCGUACGUAGGUCGUAGAACGUUGGGAGCAGCGAAUCAAAAAGAAUUGAUGGCGUUUGCCUCCGUGAAUUGCAGUUCACGAGGUUUAACCGAGAUGCCUGAUUUUCUACCAAAGAAUACAUCGACUCUGUAUCUGUCAAAAAACCAGAUUCACGAUUUGACACCUCUCCUUAAAAAUCCAAUCUACAAGGAAGUGAUCGAUAUUUAUUUGGACGACAAUAACAUCGAGUCAAUAUCUCUUCUCGAGGGUUCAUAUUGGCUGGAUCACUUUCGAGCUUUAAGUUUACGAGGAAAUCGUCUGACAGAUCUGCCACCAUACGCUCUUGAAAAUGCCCUUCAACAAAAUGGCCAUGCGGCGAGUAUAUUUUUAGGAAAAAAUCCUUGGCGAUGCGAUUGUCAUUUUACGCCUGGAUUUCAGGAUUUACUUAGCAGACAUCCUAGUCUGUUCAAAGAUGUGAACGAAAUAACGUGUUCAAAAGUCGAGAAUGAUGAAAAUUCUGAAAAGACGAUAAGGGAGUUAUCGAGGACAGCAAUUUGCACGUCACCAGCAGACGAAUAUUGGUUACAACCUCUUGAUAUCUUGAACGUUGUUUUAGCAUCCAUGAUUAUUUUUGUACUCGGUAAACUUCUCUACGACUAUUGGACUUUCAAGCGAACAGGAAAACUUCCGUGGAUCGUCGCAAAAAUACCUUGAAACAAAAUCGGAUUUUUGUAAUGAAAAUAUUUUAUAUUUAUUGACAACUAUUAUUAGGCACAGAUAAUAUUUUAUAAUUCGUACUAUAAUAUAUAUGCACUGAUUGUGAGUAAGUAAUUUCCAAACGAAUAAAUAUCUACAAUUACUUGUUAA